UCUAAAAGUAUUAGCUGAAUUCUUGGCAUUGGGUUUAGGUCCUUCCAUAGACCAGAAUGAAGUAAGAGUUUCAAUAUCAUCAUCAGGUAUGAAAACACACAAUCCACCUUUAGGAUUUAUUAAUACUUCAGAUUUACCAAAAAUUUCUGAAUGA